AUGGAGCAAGUACGAUCUCAGCCUGCCACUGCGAGUGGCCGCCGCCGUUCGAUAUUCACAGAAGUUGGGCUCGUUGAUGAGCACACGAUCCGCACGAAGCGUAGCCCGGCACCCAUACUCGUGACCGAGCAAGCAUUCAGACGGCAACGACCAUCGAGGACGGUCAGAUUUCGCAGCAGAAACAGCGUGUUUGGGGAAAGAGAGGGCAUCGACGAAGCCGAUGAUGAAAGCGAUUGGGAGUCGGUGGACGAGGAGGAUGAAAUCUCACGACCGAGCUCCACCAGCCCGUCGUCUUACGCCAUGUCGAACUCGAAGCUAUACCGUGCAGGCUUCUUUGCGAUCGUGCUGGCUCUGAUGCUGCCCAUCAUCCAGAUGAUCUCGAUCGCACCGCUCGGUGUAUACGGAAGCUCUGUUCCACUAGGUAGCAUCACAUCGGUAGCAGAAAGAUCGACGCUCGUCGAGAGAGCAGAUGCACAGACCGAUGUGUGCAAGCGCUGGAGUGGCCAGAGUGCUAUUGUCAACGGUACGCUGUACAUGUACGGGUUCCGCACGACCACCGACGCACAGCAGCAGAGCGACACAUGGACAAACGACUUCCUGUCUCUCGACCUGACCAAGUCGUGGCAGAUCUCCAACCCUUCGCUCACCGGCAUGCCUCAACCUAGUGGCCCGCCUGCCGUUUCGCUCGGCUACCUCUACUCCUCGCACGAAUCGCUCUGGCUCUACGGCGGCCAGUACUCGGACAAACCAGCAGCGAAGCCCGGGCCAAACUCCAUCUGGGAGUACAAGAUCGACAGCAAGUCGUGGGUCGAGCACGCUGACCCGAAGAGCUCGGCUGGUACCAACGCCGAGGGCGACGGCCAGAGCAUCCAGCGGGCUGCCGAGGGUGCUGGGUUCGGCGUCACUGUUUUGGGCAGAGGCUGGUAUUUUGGUGGGCAUCUGGAUGAUUUCACGACUGAAGGCUGGAGCAAUCAGAUUGCACGCGUGUACUUGAAGAGUCUGCUUGAGAUCACGUUCCCUGGGCACACCAACGAUGCAGUCGAAAGCCUGAAAAACGGCAAGGUGGCCGACAAGGAGCCUGUCUACAGAAAUAUCACCACUGGUGGUAUCCAGGACACCGGAGCGUUCCCGGAGCGCGCUGAUGGUGUCCUGACCUACAUACCUGGAUUUAGUAGUGAGGGUCUUUUGAUUGGUUUCACUGGCGGAGACAACGACACUUUCGCACAAAUGAAUGUUAUUGAUGUAUACGACAUCGCCGAGUCGAAGUGGUACAAGCAAAGUACAUCCGGAAAGAUGCCUGCGUAUCGAGUCAAUCCAUGCGCCGUGGUCGCAGCUGCACUUGACGGUUCGUCGUACAACAUCUACAUGUUUGGUGGUCAGAACCUGCAGCCAUACGGGAAUCAGACACAAAAGGAUGACAUGUGGAUUCUGUCUGUCCCGUCGUUCACCUGGAUCGAGGUCGACCAAGAUUCUCAGAGCGUUCCGCCUGCCCGUGCUGGGCAUUCCUGCCACGUUUGGGACGGGCAGAUGAUCGUGAUUGGAGGUUAUGUCGGAACGGAGCUGUCGUGCGACAGUCCCGGUAUCUACGUCUUCAACAUGAGCAGUCUGUCGUGGAGCGACCAAUUCACAUCACUCACCGGCGGGAAGGCAUUGCAAGACUUCACUGGCGAAGGUAGCAUCGGCAAUCCUCUUGCCCAGCAAGCCAAUCAGCGUGGUUUUAACGCAAGCGCUGGUAUUGAAGGGUCAUACCGCUACGAAGUCCCAGAGGUUGUUCAGAAAGCGAUUGGUGGUAGUGCUCUGGGCGGCGCCACCCUCACCGCGCCCGUCCAGACACCUACCGCUGGACCCUUGGCAACCGGCAAAGCAAUAACAUACACCAUCACGGGCCCCAACGGCGCGUUGUACACGGAGAUUGUCGCCUCGGACGGGUCGAGCGGCGAUUCAGGACCCAAUAUCGCCGCCAUCGUCGCGGGAGUCGUGGCAGGCGUCUUCGCCACCAUCGCCGUCUACUUUGCUUUCUGCGCCUGGAUCUACCGCAAGCAAGUCGCCAUGUGGAAGAAGCACGCCGCAGCGGUGACGGCCGCGGCGGAGAAGCGCGACAACACCUUCACCAGCAGCAGGUUCUCCAGCGAGCGCGGCCGGGGCACAGUGGCGGGUAGCACUGCCGGCGGCGCGGCGGCGGGCAGCUUUGAUAUCCGGCGCGGCAGCGGCGAGAAUACGAGCUACGGCGGUGCGGGGGCAAUGAAUUGGGAGAGGAGGAGUAGCGUGGGGAGCGUCACGGAGGAUCUGUUGGAUGGGCAGGAGCCGAGUUUCUGGGGCACAAAGGGUGUGCUGCUCAAUCCACGGAGGAGCUUGAGGGUCAUAAAUCGGGACUGA